AUGACUACCGCUCAUAGACCUACUUUCGAUCCGGCUCGUGGCAAAGAGGCCCUGCGAGGCCCUGCCUACCACCAGCGACUCCUACCAGCGCACACCCAGCUCAAGUACCGAAAGGCAGGACAAGGCGGCGAUGCUGACGAAGAGCCUACGCGCGACCUCGCUGCGGAACUUCUUGCGGCGGAGGCAGCCCACUUCAAGAAGAAGAACGGCGGCGUCCUGGCCCCUGAGGAUGACGAAGAGGGAGAUGUGGAAAUGACCUCCGCGCGAGGAGAGAAGAGGUCACAGUCUGCCAACGGCGACGAAGAAGAGGACCUCGAGGCGAAACGAAGGAGGAUAUUGGAGGAGAGCAGAGACAUCGAUGCAGAUGACGACAGUGAAGAAGAGGAAGAUAGCGACGAGGACGAGGACAGCGAUGACGACGAAGAUGCAGAGCUGCAACGAGAACUGGAGAGAGUACGGAGGGAGCGUGAAGAGAAGAAGAAGAAAGAGGAAGAGGAACGAGCGAGAGAAGAGCAAGAGGCCCGAGAACGAGACAUUGCGCUCGGCAACCCUCUCCUCAACAAGCAGGAUUUCACGAUGAAACGCCGAUGGGACGAUGAUGUCGUGUUCAAGAAUCAGGCCAGGGGGACAGAAGACAAGAACAAGAAGAAGGAGUUUGUGAAUGAUAUGCUACGUUCUGAUUUCCAUAGACGGUUCAUGAGCAAAUAUGUUCGGUAA